AUGUUUGCUGCUGGUGCGGAGUGCUGGUUGGCUGAUAGCAGUGUUGGAUGGGUACCAUGUGUAGUGGUGGCCUGUCCUGGGGGUUCUGCGGUAACGGUACAGCUCUGUGACGAUGGAUCAGAAAUCACGGUGGACGGGUCGGAACUGGAGAUGAGGUGUGGGGGUGCCGUGGCGAGCGGUGGAGACCUUACCGCACUGCCACACUUGAAUGAGCCUGCAGUUUUGCACUCCAUUGGGGAGAGGUUUUCGAGGAAGGUAAUUUACACGUACUCUGGGAUUGUCCUCGUGGCUACGAACCCGUUCGCCAAUGUCGAUGGGUUAUACGAUUCGCGCGUCAUGCAGGAGUACGCUCAACUGGGCGCAGGUGAGAAUGCUGCAGGUGCGAAUCUUCCGCCGCACUUGUUCGCCAUUGCGCAAAAUGCCCACUCCAGAAUGGUGGCUGAUCACAGGAAUCAGACGAUCAUCGUUAGUGGAGAAUCCGGAGCGGGGAAGACAGUCUCUGCGAAGUAUCUGAUGAGAUACUUGGCCGAAUUACAGCCGCAGGGAGUCACGAAUGGUAGCCUUGCUGCAUCGACGGUAGAGGAUAAAAUUUUGGCCACGAAUCCAAUCAUGGAGGCCUUCGGUAACGCCAAAACGACAAGAAACGACAACUCCUCAAGAUUUGGAAAAUACCUGGCAAUCUCGUUUGAUAGCAACCUGAAGAUUGUCGGGGCCACCAUCGAAACGUACCUGUUGGAGAAGUCAAGACUAGUGACCCACCCUGUCGGGGAAAGGAAUUACCACGUUUUCUACCAGAUGCUGGAGGGACUUGGUCAGGGGAUAAAGGAGAGGCUGCAUUUGACAACUGCUGAUGCUUAUAACUAUUUGAAUCAAGGCGGCCCGGAGCAUAUUCGAAUUGAUAAUGUGGACGAUUCAGCAGAAUUCACAGAGACGUGCAAAUCUUUGCAAAAGAUAGGUAUCACGGAAGAGAAACAGGAACAACUGUUUCAAAUUCUUUCAGGUAUAUUACACUUGGGAAACAUUCAGAUCAAUAAGGGUAGAGGUGAUCUGAAUGCAUCGGUAAGUUUGAGCGACCCGCAUCUGAUGAUUGCAUCAGAGCUCCUAGGAAUCAAUUCUGCAGAAUUUGCGAAAUGGAUCACCAAGAGGCAACUGGUUACCAGAUCCGAGAGAAUUAAUUCUAACUUGAAUCAUAGCCAAGCUCUUGUCGUCAGAGAUUCGGCCGCAAAAUUCAUCUACACUGCAUUAUUCGACUGGCUUGUGACCAACAUUAAUAAACAGCUCCAAAACAUGCUUCCCGAGCAGGCAAAACACACUGCCCAUUCCUUUAUCGGGAUUCUGGAUAUCUAUGGGUUUGAACACUUUGAAAGAAACUCAUUCGAACAGUUUUGUAUCAACUAUGCAAACGAGAAACUACAACAAGAAUUCAACCAACACGUUUUCAAAUUGGAACAGGAGGAAUAUGUCAAGGAAAAGAUAGAAUGGUCGUUUAUCCAGUUCAAUGAUAACCAGCCAUGCAUAGACCUCAUUGAAAACAAACUAGGGAUUUUGUCUCUUCUUGAUGAGGAGAGUAGAUUACCUGCCGGUUCAGAUGAAUCCUGGACCUCCAAAUUAUACCAAACAUUCAAUGUACCCCCAUUGAAUGAGGUGUUUUCGAAACCUAAAUUUGGUCAAUCCAAAUUCAUUGUGUCCCAUUAUGCCCAUGAUGUCUCGUAUGAUAUCGAAGGGUUUAUAGAAAAAAAUAAAGACUCAGUAUCAGAAAACCACAUGGAUGUACUGAAAAGUACCACCAACGAAACUUUGCGUGGCCUUUUGGAUAACUUGGAACAAAUGCAACUCGAAAUGGAGAUCAAGAAAAAAGAGGCAGACGCAGAAAAAUCCGGAGGGAAGGCCAUUUCCCAGCUAAGAAUGAUACAGAGGAAACCUACACUGGGGUCCAUUUUCAAACAGUCAUUAAUCAACUUGAUGAGUACGAUUAACUCUACAGACGUCCAUUACAUUCGAUGCAUUAAACCCAAUAGUGAAAAGAAGCCUUGGAUGUUUGAUAACCUCAUGGUUUUGUCUCAAUUGAGAGCAUGUGGUGUUUUGGAAACAAUCAAGAUUUCAUGCGCCGGAUUCCCCUCGCGGUGGACUUUUAAGGAGUUUGUAGCAAGAUACUACUUUUUAGUAGACUAUGCAGUGUGGUUGCCGUACAUGACCGAUGGGGAAGAAGAACAGAGGAACCUACUUGAAUUAAUUCAACAGAUCUUGACGACGACCAUCGAUGACGAUAUGACUUAUCAAAUUGGAAAAACCAAGAUUUUCUUCAAAGCUGGAAUGCUAGCCUUCCUAGAAGGGAUAAGAAAUGCAAAACUGGCAGCAUUGUCUGUAAAGAUACAAAAGAAGAUCAGAGCCAAGAAGACGCGUGUUUGGUAUUUGGAUACUACAACAGCCAUUAGUAAAACACAAAACCUGGUGCGCUGUAACUUGGUUCGUGAGGUUAUUCAAAGGAAACUAAGAAUUAGAGCUGCUGUCUUUAUUCAGUCGAACAUGAGAGGUUGGAAAUGUCGAUUAGAGUACAAAGUGACUGUUUGUUCUUUGAUCACACUUCAAUCAUACCUGAGAGGGAAACUUUCAAAACUUGAAAUGAUCAGGGUGUUACAGGGCAAAUCUGCGGUACUAAUACAAAAAAGGAUAAGAAGAUGUCUAGCAAUCAAUGACUUCCUCGAUCUGAGACGUUUUACUGUUUGCAUUCAGUCUCACGUAAGAAGCAAACAUGCUCGAUUGCUUUACGAAAAAUUGAAGGGAGUCUCUCAAAUCCAACAUUCGGCUGAAGCUGAGUUAACAAAGAAGCUACUGGACGUUAUGGGCGAUUUGUCUAGCAAGAUUAAGGAGAAUAAGGCGAACUGCGAUUUUGUGAAAGAUUUACAACAGAACGAAGUAUUCAAAGCGAUCUUGAGUAAGGAUGAAGCUUAUGCGGAACUGUGCGAGGAGCUUGAUAAUGUAGGUGAAGCCUUGAAGCAGAGACAGACUGAAGUUGAAAGAAUGGCUACGAUUUACCGUCAAAAUCAAGAUCUGACAAAAUCUGCCCUUUCUAGAUUCGAUGACAUCAAUUCGUUGUCCUCAACAAAGUUCACCGGAUCUUUGGAAGCCAGGUUGAACUCUUUGCAGGAGGAGGUUAACACUAUCAAAGCUGCUUUCCAAAUGCAAUCCUUAUCCGUCGACGGAAGGCAAGAUACCGAUGAGGUCGUUGGUCUAGGGAUCAGUAUCAAUGAGGUAAAAAGGAAAACUGUCACUCACAAUAAAGAUUCCGCAAUGUCGGUUAAUGUUAAGCUUCUUGUUGAAGAAGUGACAACAAACUUGUUAAAAGGUUAUCAGGUUCCUAGAACUGCGAAGUCAUGCAACGAAACAAUCAUAACAUACCCAGCCCAAGUGAUUAUUACCCUUUUAAACUUAUUUGUCACUAAGGGAUUCUGUCUUGACAUGGAUGUCUUUGUCAGCGAGACCUUCUCGACUAUCCAAGACAUUGUCAAGAAUUUACCGCAGGAUAAAACGGCUAUCCACGAUGGACUAUUUUGGAUCAACAAUGUGUGUCACGUCUAUUCCUAUGCGCAGACUGUUGCUGAAAAGGGUGCGGCGACUACGAAGUUGAGAGACGAUUGUGAGGAUUUAUUGGUCACCGUUUUCGAUUCAUGGAUGAAAUGCAUCACCUCGUUGAUGAGGUACGAUGUGAACGUUUCUGGUGCUUUGUUGGGUAGUCCUUCGAAUUUUUUCAGAGAAGAUUCCCCCGCAGAUGACACCACAGGUAACGUCCCCAUCGCAGAGAAGAAGCUGACUCACCUGUUGGUGUUUUUGUACUCCGUUGACAAUGCCGCGCAGCUGUACGAGGUGGACAGGGUGACGGUCAAUUGUGUAUUUGCCCAGAUCCUUGGUUUCAUCAACUCAUUGUGCUUCAACGAUCUUUGUGUCAAGUUCUACGGCCUUUCCUGGAAAUUGGGGAAGCAUUUGGACAACAACAUUCGCGGUCUGGACGAGUGGCUGCACAAACACGACAUAGAACUGCCCUUAUUGGACUGUCUCCCCCAUUUGAGACAGGUCGCCAAUCUGUUGCAACUGCGUGUCGCGACCGUCUCGGACCUAACAGUCGUCAACCAGCUGUGUUUUCUACUAAACCCAAUCCAGUUGCAGACUUUGCUCAAGAAAUACCAACAUGGAAGGGCCGAACCAGCUGUUCCGGGAGAAGUGUUUACACAUUUAACACAGCUAGUCAAGAACGAGCGGUACGGCAGUGCACUGACACUACAAAUGGGUCCGCGCGGCGUUGAUGCGUUACAAUCUGUGACCGCAGCGGGACACGACCCACAGACACAGCUCAUCGAGUUGCUCGACGAGUACCCGAUGCCGCACACGGCCAAGCUACUGCAGGCAUAG